CCCUCCCCGCCGCGCUCCCUCCCUCCUCCCAGCUCCCUCCCUACGCUCCCGGGCUCCGGCUGCGCGCUGGCGGGGCUCCGCAUUGCACACUCGGGGGGCGCCGCAGUGUUCGUGGGAUGGGGCAGCGGAAUCCGCGCGCAGCCCGGGUGCGAGCUCUCUCCCGUCGUCCCGAGUCCCCACUCCCAGGCCCUCUGUAUGAGUGACGCUACCAUCUGCCAUGGAACCUGGCCCUGCUCUGGCCUGGCUCCUGUUCCUGAGCCUGCUGGCUGAUUGUCUGAAAGCUGCUCAGUCCCGAGACUUCACAGUGAAAGACAUUAUCUACCUCCAUCCUUCAACCACACCAUAUCCUGGUGGAUUUAAGUGUUUCACCUGUGAAAAGGCAGCAGACAAUUAUGAGUGCAACCGAUGGGCUCCAGACAUCUACUGUCCUCGAGAGACCAGAUACUGCUACACUCAGCACACCAUGGAAGUCACAGGAAACAGUAUCUCUGUCACCAAACGCUGUGUCCCACUGGAAGAGUGCUUAUCCACUGGCUGCAGAGACUCCGAGCAUGAAGGCUACAAGGUCUGCACUUCCUGUUGUGAAGGAAAUAUCUGUAACUUGCCACUUCCUCGAAAUGAAACUGAUGCUACAUUUUCCACGACAUCACCUAUAAAUCAGACAAAUGGACAUCCUCACUGCAUGUCAGUGCUCGUGUCCUGCUUGUGGUUGUGGUUAGGACUCACGUUAUAGCAGCUCAACAGCGCUGUGUAUAGUAGUGACCUAUGGGGAUCUCAACGGUCCACAGUCAUGCAUGAGUCAUUGGCUUGACAGUAGUUUCACUCUCAGAUGUCAUCAUGGCCAAGCAUUGCCACUCAUUCACCAUGAGCAAUAAGCGUUGCUUCAGUGUAGUCAUCUCCAGUCUAAACAAGACCCCAUCAAAGCC